GAGCAAGAAGCAGUGAGGCUGCGUGGGAGGCUUGGAAGAAGGAGAGACAGAUCUGAUGAGCUGGGCUCGGAAGUGUGGUUGGUGUGGGGGGCUGUGAGGCUGACUGAGGAGACUAAGGGAGGAGCCUGGCAGUGGGAGCCUGCAAAGAGCUGGCUUGUACACGGGAACACUGAAGAGCAGAAUCGGGGUGAGAUCUGAUGAGCGUUUGGGAAGCUGGAAAAGAAGAUUUGCUGGGCAAAGUGACUGGGAAUUAUAUGAGAGCGGCUUUUGGAGCUUGUCCUGCAAGGAGGCCGGGAAGGGAAGGACAAGUAGGCCUAGGCUGAUGUAAGAGGAGAGAAGAGUACACGCACAAAGUUUGUCGGUUGCUCUUAGGUGAUCUUCAUCGCUGGAGACUGCAUUACACAGAACUCUGUACUGGGGUCUCCUGCUAGAAGAAGCCUUCAGACUUCACCUUCAGAAAGGCAGAUAUCCACUUUAGACAUCACAUCAUCCUCCUUCCUGUGAAAAUAAUAUGAACCAGAAGGUGUUAGUUUUCCUCCUCCCAAAUUUUCUUUUUGGGAUACUUCUAUUUGGGUUUUUCUGUAAGAGGCAAAAAAACCUAACAGGUGCUUUCCCUGAUCCCACUGAAGACUGGCUGUCAAUUCAGAAUGAUCGCAAGAGCACACUGGCUUCUGUUUGCCAGAAGAACAAACUUCUCAAAUUAAGAAGCAAACUGGAUUCUCAUGUGGCUAACCAGCUCUUUGUGGAGCCCAAACAUAAGUUUAUCUACUGUGAGGUACCCAAAGUAGGCUGCUCCAACUGGAAGAGAAUUAUUUUUAUUCUCCAGUCGGACUUCGGUGCGGAAGCUUCUGAAAUUGAGCACGACCACAUCCACCAAACCUCACUGAUCAAAAAGUUGGCAUCUUACUCUCCUGCCACACAAAAGGAGUUUCUGGGCAAUUACACCAAAGUGAUGUUCACCAGACACCCCUUUGAGCGGCUGGUUUCAGCUUACAGGGACAAGCUCCUGCACUCUGAGCCUUACUACAGUGUUACUGUUGCUAACCAGAUUAAGGCGAUGUUCAGGAAAACCAAUAAGUCUUCUGAAAAAGUGAGUUUCCAGGAAUUUGUCAGCUUCAUUCUAGCAAAACCACCAAACAGUCUUGACAUUCACUGGAAACCAAUGUUUCUGCUCUGUGAUCCUUGCAACAUUCACUAUGAUAUUCUGGGUAAGUAUGAAACUCUUGGGUUAGAUUCUGAGCAUGUGCUGAGGGUCAUUGGAGCACCAGAGAGCCUGCACUACCCCAGCUUGAAGAGGUAUGGGUCAGAGAAACGGACUAAUGGUGAUAUCACUUUGGAGUAUCUCAGACAGUUGAACUCAGAACAAAUUGAGAAGAUAAAAAGAUUGUACCAAAUGGAUUUUCUCUUGUUCAACUACACCAUGAAUUACGAAGACUAUUUUUCCCUGAAUGGCUAACGUAGGUUAAACCAAGAACAGUUUCCUUUGUACAAAUUAAGCUGAACUU